AUGAAGAUGCAUCGCUUCGCCAGGGUCGAAGCCCGGAAACAGGGCCAUGAGCUACGCGUUCACGAGCACCCCACGCGUCGUCCUGCGGUACAUACCGUCGUUGACUGUACGGAGCUUACUUUCCCUCCAUCCCACCUCCCCAGUCUCUACAUCAAGCGUUCAUCGCUCACUACCAAACCCUUUAUCACCGCUACACCGACUUACAAGAUGAACAGCAGCUUCAACUUCGACUUCAUGGCUAACGUCGCCGGCCCGUCCUCAUCGCGCAUUUCCCGCUUGUCGCCGACUCAAGCUGCAUCGCAAGUCGGGAAAGGCUCCCCCCGUCCCUUUAAAUUUCCGAACCUGGUUGAGGAGGGAGGGUUGCCCCAGGUCAACAUGCGUUCGGUUUCCAGCGCGUGGCUCGGCCCUCAAGAUUCGUACAAGGGGUGCGCCUCACUGCCCUAUGGGUCAGAGCAGCCUGGGAUGCAGAGCGACGCGAGCGGGGCGAUGUUACAGUCUCUCGCAUUCGACUUCGGAGGAAGUGCAUUCUCGUACGGUGAACAGCAGACCGCUACGGGGAGCCUUUGGAACGAGCCGCACGGCGGUGCAUAUUGGGCAGGCAAUGGGGGUCUCGAGACACCUAGCUUCGGACUUCACGAAGGAUUCAAUACCGCGGCCGAAUAUCUCCCACAGGAGGCCUCUGGCGACGAUUUUGAUCAGAAGUGCGCGGAUCUAUCACCCCUCUCGUGUGCGUACGAUUACGGUUUCCUGCCUGCGAAAGAUCCUGCUCGGGUCGACGAUCCCUCUUUCUUCCCCGCGUCUGCCGCCAACCGCACUGCCCGACUCCCGGUCGCGUAUCCAUUCGACAUCGCCCUCCCUACUGCCAUCUCUAUCCCCCUCCCAGACUUGGAACCGUCUGGUGUAUACGAGGACGAGAGCGUGCCGGCCAUGACAGCGCCGCAAGCGAUCAACCCACUCGAGAUGCUGUCGGCGAUGGGCGGCCCAAAGCGCUAUCAUGCCGAAGACGAGGACGCUUCAGAUGCACCUCGUCCAGCGAAGAAGGCCAGAACACUCCGAGCGGAGACCCGGACGACCUCCACUCGCCCGGCCACCGCAAAGAGAGUCAAGACGCGCUCGCGCAAACCGGUCGCUGUGGCCCGCGUUGCAUCACCGGUCGCGGGCCCAUCAAACAUCCCCAUGGCAGCGGCGGAAGGAACAGAAUUUGGAGAGCACCCUGACGAUCACGAUGCCCACACAUCCCAAGGGACGGAGGCGAUGGAGGGGCGCACCAAGCGGGACCGGCGCACAAAGGCCCAAGUUGCGGCGGUCACGCGAACAGACCUUCGAAAGGUCCCAUGUCCUGUCAACGGCUGCGAGACGAAGUUCGACCCGCUCACCCACGACGCGAAUCGCGACCACUUGAAGGGACACUACGCGGAGGGCGCGCUCGACGCCAAAGCUUCCCUUCCCUGUCUCUGGACUGACUGCGAGGCGCGGCCGGCGGGGACGAGAUUGAUCACGCACCUCCACAAGAAGCAUGUUGGGCGGGCGUUCAUUUGUUCUAUUCCUAAUUGCGAAUGGAAUUGGGCGUCGAGUCGUAGCGGAGAUCUACCGGGACACCUGGCGAGGAGGCACAAAGACUAG